AGACAGACAUACAGACAUAAAGGCAGACUAGGUCUAUAGUAAUAGGCUGCUCCAGUGUUCUGGGUGGAUAUGUGGAUAGGUAAAUAACUUGAUGAUGUCACAAUGCCACUUUACCAGGGAUGGAGCACUAGGGAACAUUAUGAGGUAACAUGUUGCCAAGGAAACACACUUCUAACAUAAUCCCAGACCACAUUAAAAUUGUUAGACAAGCUCAGGUAGAGCGUGUUAGCUACAUCUCUCAACCUAUAACUGAUUUGAUUGAUUACAACAGUACACUACCCUAGCGUGUUAUGGGUCAGACACUUAGUGACCCUGUCACUCUGGUCUCUCCUUGGGAGCAACGAAAGGAGAUCCAUAAACAUAAAAAUAAACCCAAGGAGAAGAGCAUCCCUCCAGCCCUGACCUUUCUUCAGCUGUCUACACUGCUGAGCUGCAUCAGGAUGAAGAAGACACCAUUUGAUCCCUCCCAGAGUGGUGAGGGGAGAAAGGCAACAACGAUACACGAUACGGACAACAAUAAUGACUCUGAUACUGGCUCUGACUAUUCUGCAGGUGAUGUGAAAAGGAUCAUGGACAAGAGUAAAGGAAAGGAACACAAACGCAGAAUGACACCGGAAACAGAAAAAGACAAUAAACAAAGAUCUAACUCGGUCUCCCCUGUGGAGAAAGCAAAGGAGACCCAGCAGAAAGAGAAGAAGCAGAGCAUCUAUCCAGGUGUGGCGGCCCUGCAGCUGUUCACUCUCUUCUGCUGUGGAGGGAAAGUCAAGCUGAAGAAAACUCGUGCCUCUCAGUACAGACAGAGUAAAAAGGACCAGGACGAAGAUACUGCAUCUGAUACUGGCUCAGACUGGUCUGGAGGAGAUGUUACAACCAAAAAGGUCAAGGACAAGAGUAAUGGAAAGGUAGGGAGGGAGAAAGACUGGACUGAAGUCCAGCUAUUGAAAUCAUCUCAAGACCACAAACCCAGAAGUACAACACCAGAAACAGACAAGGGAACUCAUUUGAGACAAAGACCGAACUCUGCAAAUCAAAGGACACACCGGCAAGUGAAGACCCAUGUGGAGGAAAUAUACAUAAGACCUGACUCUCCGACUCUACCACGUGCCCACAGCUCCCUCUCCCAGUUCUCCCUGGCUAGGAACCUGGCCAUCCUCCCGCUGGAGUGGCAGCUACCUGGAGUCCCUCUGACCACCUCGUCUAUGGCAACUAGGACAGAGAGAAAGCCAUCCACUACCAACACUUCGACACAGGCGCAGACAGAAACACAGACAACAGAUAUGAACACAGACACACAGACCACUGCCACCUCUCAGAGACAGAUCUCCAUGGUGACCACCCAGUCAUCAGAGACCAUGACAGAGGUUCACACAUCAGACUCAAGCACCCAGAACUCCACUCCUGACAUGGCACUGACCCCUGAAAGCACUAAGGACAUGAUCGCUACUGAUUAGGAUGUGAAGGAUGACUCUGCUGAAGAUUUGAUCUCCACCCUAACAGACACCUCUAUGGAGAAAUCCGUCCAGUAGGCCUAAUGAACAUUUCAAUAUAGCAAAAGCUAUACUAUGAUCAAUUAAUAAAAACAGUUAAUAUUUCUGCAGCAAA